GAUCCUUCUCUCGUCAUAUUACCAAGGGGUUUUCUGUUAUCACUUAUGUACUCUACCUAGUACCUAAUACCUAUAUAACUAAUUAGUUUAUUUAUUAUAGAUAAAACUUAUCUAUAAUAAAUUUGUACCAUAGUUGAAAAAAUAUGUGUGAACCCGAGGAAAAAGAAGCUGCCAAAGAAAAUGAUAAAAUUGAUGAUGAUGUUGUUGAUCCCAGGGUGCAGAUUGAACUUGAACGACUUAAUACUGCAACAGACGGUAUCAAUAAAUUGGAAGUUGAUUUAGACGAAGCAAGACUGACCUUCCGCCAGAUGUUAUGUGAAUCAACAAUAACAAUGGAAAAUUUAAGUAAAAAAUUAGGUGCUUGUAUAGAAAAAUCAAAGCCAUAUUAUGAUGCACGUUUCAAAGCAAAAGAGGCACUAAAAGAAGCACAAAAAGCAGCAAUACGUUUUGAAAGAGCAAAUAGUCAACAUACUGCAGCUAAAGAAAUGGUUUAUUUAGCUGAAGAGGGACUAAGGAUGGAGGGAAGAUGUUUUGAUCAUGCAUGGCAGGAGAUGCUAAAUCAUGCAACUGAACGUGUCAAUGAAUCUGAAAAUGAGCGAGUACUUUCUGAAACUCAACACAGACAUUUGACAGCUGUUUUUCACAGUGCUGAACACAAUGUUAAGAUUCUUCAAUCUGAACUUAAACGUGCUAUUGCUAAAUCGAGUAUGGAUGCACGUCGCAACUUGCUUCUUAUAAACAGUACAGUUUAUAGACACAACUUGCUAUUUUUGCCGUAUUACGAAUCAAAAGCACAAUUUCAUCAAAUGUUAGAAAACCAAAGAAAUAGAGUAAGUGUAUUGGAAAGAGCUGUAGCAGAAGCAAAGAUGACAUAUGCUGAAGCUUUAAGAAAUUUAGAAAAAAUAAGUGAUGAAAUUCAUCAGACUAGAAGAUAUGAUGGUAGCACUACCAACGAAUCAACAGGUCAACAAGAAAAUGCUCCAAUAACACCAGAAUCAAGUGAAACUGGUUCUGCUGAUAGUGUUGAUUAUCUCAGUGAUAAAUAUCCAGAGCUUCCUGAUAAAUUGAGUCCAAAAACGGCCGUAUCGAAUACAUCAAAGAUUGAUCUAACAUCAAACUACAGUUUUGGUACAAAUAGUUUCAAUCUAUCAUCAACUGAACCCCGAAAAUACAUAAAGCGUGAUAAAUCAAGAAAUGUUAUUUCUUCUUCUUCAUCAUCAUCAUCGUCGUCAUGGGACAAAAGUUGUCAAGAAAAAACUAUAAAUAAAAAUACGCAGUGUAAAAAUAAAAAGGAUGAAUUGUGUAUAAAUAAAGAAAAUGGAAUUGAUGAGUCUAUUGAACAAAUAAAUGUAGAAGAAUGGGCUGAAAUAAAAUUGACAAGUCCAAGUGAAAAUGAUUGUGAAAAAAAUGGUUUUAAUUCCGAUGAAGAAGACUCAAUUCCUUACAAUGAAUUGAGUCCAGAUUCAGUAAAUGUACCUGAAAAUGAAGAAAAUCAUAUUGCAACAUGUAAAAAAUAUGUUAAGCCAUUGUCAUUGACUAAAACUGGCAUCAGUAAUUAUUUUGAUAAACCAGAAAGUACAAAAAAUUCAUCAAUGAAAAGUCGUCGAAAGCUUGAUCGUAAUUUAACAAGCUGGAUCACAGGAAAUUCUUCUGAUGAAACCAGUUCAUGUAAUUCUAGUAGACGAAAGUCUCUUGAUACAUUGUGGAAUGGAGGAACAACUAGUGAACGUGUAAAAGACUUACUUAAUCAAGGCAUGAUGAUGCUGAACAUAUCAAGUUUAGCUGAACGAAGAUCUAGUGAGCCAAAAGCCUCAGAUAAUCCUGAUUCACCAGUUAAAACAUUUGAAAAAGUUGAUUUUAGAGGAAAAAAAGCACCAAGUACUUUACUCGAUAAAUCAAUGAGCUAUCUAAAUGCUGAUGAUGAAACUUCCGAUUGUGAUUCUUUAGCUAGUGGUGAUAUGCUGUCUGAAGAUCAAAUUGCAUCAUUGAUGAUGGAACCAGAUGUUAAUCAAGUUUGCCAAGAAGUUCUUGGAACUCCACUUGUUGAAAUAUGUCCACUUUUUCAUCAAUUGCAACAACAAAACUAGCAGUAUUCCACAAUAAUUUUACAUUUAUUUGCUAAUUAUUAUUAUUAUUAUUAAUGGUUCGUGAAAUUCAUAAUUAGAUAAUAUUAAAAAUACAUAGUCAAUUGCAGCUUAUUUGAACUCUUGAAGAUUCAUAAAUAACUUGAAUUAAGAGUUUAUCAUUUUAGUCUCCAUUAUUAAUUUAUUGUUAUAGAGAUAAAAGUUGUAAAUAUCUACUUGUUAUUUGUUAGAUCAAUAUAAGCAGCUGCAUUUAAUAGACUUAUUAAAUUCAAAAUUAGUUUUAAAUAAUUUAUACAUUCAAUCGUGAAAUGGUCUAAAACUAGAUCAUUUUAAAAACCAAAUAUUUUCUUUUUUUUUUUGUUAUUAUUUUUUAAAUUUUAUUUUGUCUUGUUAAGUUUUUUUAUUUAUUUAUGUAGUUUGUUUUUUAAUUUUAUUAAUUUAACAAUCACACUUGAAAUAAUUCACAAGUCAAUGAGGCAUUUUUCUUACACUGAUAUUUAUUUUAAAAAUUAACAUACCUUUGCGGCAUUUAAUGUUACGCAAGUACACGCAUAAUAAUAAGAAUAUGUAUGAAAUAUAUUGUAUAUAUGUUUCUGAUGGUACUUGUACUGUUGUUUUUCUGUCAAGGCAAUAAAUAAAGUCUUCUUAGUCCAA